CGAGGAAGAGAAGAGAACCGCGUCAAGCGGGAUCUCAAAUCAAUCGUGGUCUUAACACGUCUGCCAUUGUUUCUCUAUCAACGAUCGAUUAUCGAUAAUUAACAUAAAAACACAGAAACAAGAGAAUAAACAUUAAAAACAAAAUCGAAAAAAAAAGAAAUCAGACAGUAUGUUGUAUUCCAGAUCUAGAAGAGUGUUUGUACUUCUGUGUAUUCUUUCUUCAAUUCUUCUUGUUGCCACUGCAACAUCAAUUGCAGAAGAAGGAGGUGUCGAAGAAUGGAGGACAAGUGUAAACGAAAGGUUUAUGGCAGAGGAAAAUGGAGAAAACUCGUCUCUCAUUUUGUCUGCAAAGAGAACAAAAAGAAAAGAUCCAACUGAGAAUUUCAAGCUUUAUACUGGUGGAUGGAACAUAAGCAAUUCGCAUUAUUGGAGUUCUGUUGCUUAUACAGCAAUGCCAUUCGUUGUUAUAGCAGCAGUUUGGUUUGUGUUCUUCGGGCUAUCCUUGUCUAUCAUUUGCUUUUGCUUUUGCUGCUGCGCCCGUCAACCUUACGGCUAUUCGCGGGUUGCUUAUGCUCUCUCCCUUAUCCUCCUCAUAUCGUUCACAAUUGCAGCAGUUGUGGGGUGUGUUUUCCUGUACACGGGUCAAGGGAAAUUUCAUACUAGCACAUCAGAUACGUUGGACUAUGUGGUGAGGCAGGCAAAUUUCACGUCAGAAAACCUCAGGAAUGUGUCAGAUUAUCUCAACGCAGCUAAGAAGAUAGAUGUGCAGUCCAUAGUUCUUCCGGGGGAUGUUUUAUCAAGCAUCGACAACAUACAAGGGAAGAUCAACUCCUCCGCCACUACACUUUCUGUCAAAACAAUGGAGAACCAAGAGAAGAUUCAAAAUGUCUUGGACAACAUGAGACUUGCACUCAUCAUCAUUGCAGCCGUGAUGCUUUUCCUUGCAUUUAUCGGAUUCUUACUCUCUGUCUUUGGUCUCCGGUGCCUUGUAUAUACGUUGGUGAUCCUUGGUUGGAUUCUUGUCACCGGUACUUUCGUCUUGUGUGGUGUAUUUCUGCUUCUACACAACGUUGUCGGGGAUACGUGUGUUGCCAUGGACCAAUGGGUCCAACACCCAACAGCUCACACGGCUCUAGACGAUAUUCUACCAUGCGUUGAUAACGCAACCGCGAGGGAACUAUUGACUCGGACGAAGCUUGUGUCAUACCAGUUGGUUAACCUUGUUGACAAUGCGAUCAACAACAUGGCCAACAGGAACAUCCCGCCUCAAUUACAGCCCCUUUAUUACAACCAGUCGGGUCCCCUAAUGCCUGUGCUCUGUAACCCCUUCAAUGCUGAUCUCUCGGACCACCAGUGCCAGCCUGGUGAGGUCCAUCUGAGCAAUGCAACAGAGGUGUGGAAGAACUACACUUGCCAAAUUGUAACACCGGGAACUUGCAGCACACAGGGACGUCUGACACCAAAGCUUUACACCCAGAUGGCUGCAGCAGUUAAUGUAAGCUAUGGUCUGUACAAGUACGGUCCAUUCUUGGCAGACCUGCGAAGUUGUGACUUCGUGAGGUCUACAUUCACUGAUAUAGAAAGGGAUCAUUGCCCGGGACUGAAGAGAUACACGCGGUGGAUCUAUGUGGGUCUUGUGUUGGUGUCUACUGCUGUAAUGCUGUCUUUGGUGUUUUGGGUUAUUUACGCGCGGGAGAGGAGGCACCGGGUUUACACGAAAGACUACAAUGCUAUGCACUCUGAAGCUCCAAGGGACAAGGGCCCGUGAGAUGUUAUGUUCUUUUGCCGUGUUUAUAGUGUACAUUAUGUGUGUGAGAAGUUGGUGAUCUUCUGUGUAGUGGUUGACGCGAAAGAAUCUUUGACUGUGAUUGUUGUCAUUAAUGUUUUUUUAUAUCUGAUUAUGUUGGGAUCUACUUCGAAAUGAGCUUUUGUGGAACAAGAAUGCUAUUUUUUAUUUCUUGGGUUUAAUGC